GAUAGUUACUUCGCCCUUGAGCGCUGUUUCAACCCUCUAGACCAGCUGCAUCUUUUUCUUUUGGUAGGAAAUGGAUCCCCAAAGGAGCAAAAGAUGAUAAUGGGAACGUCCGUCAGCUAUGGUUUAGUUUUUGCUAGUCGUUCGGCAUAGACACAAUGGAAAAUCACCCAUUAGUUAUUGUUUCAAAGGAAGUAUUCCUAGAUCAGGCAUCUAAAUUUAAGAGGAAAAAGGAGAUACCAGAAAAUUGUGCAUUUUGUGAUGAAAUUCUUCAUCCAUUUGGAAUAACUUUCGACGUUAACAAAAUGGAUGUCCACGUGUGGUGUCAUAACUGUGGGAAGAAGAAUUCAUGUGGCACGAUUCGGAAAAAACAAUUUGUAUUAUCCUCUUUGCCAGUUGAAAAACGUCUAGUCGGAUACCAGUUUGGGAAUAAAUCUCAAGGAGGACCAUCAGGAUGUCUGCCCGUGACAAAGUCUUUUCGUUCGCUUCGCAAUCUUGGAAAACAAAGCAUGCUAUUACAGUCAGAGGGGAAGCAAUCACUGCCCAAGCCGCCCGAAACCGAAAAAUCAAGACCAUCUUUUAAUCGCCUAACUCCAAAGGAAAUUUCCCGAUUAAUGUGUUUGGAAGCUAUUCGAAAAAAACGGGAGAAGCUUGCUGUAAAAUGUUAAACUUCGUGGCGCCAAAUCUAUACCACCAUUGUUUUAUCUCAUUGUCUGUUCUGAUCAUAAUUUACUUACAAUUUAAUAUUUUUUAAGUAUGAAUAAUAAACAAAAUAACCUAGAUAAA